AUGGAGGAGUAUGAGCCAUUUGUGCACGAGGCAUUGACCUUCUCACUGUGGGAUUAUGGGGUCUUCGCUUUCAUGCUCCUGGGAUCUACUGGCAUUGGGUUAUUCUAUGGUGUAUUUAGUGGUGGUCAGAAGACAUCAGAUGACUUUUUCACAGGGGGUAGGAAGAUGGCAGCUCUGCCAGUUGGUCUAUCUCUGGCUGCCAGCUUCAUGUCAGCAGUACAAGUCCUUGGGGUGCCCGCUGAAGCAUAUCGCUAUGGAAUCAAGUUUAUGCAGAUGUGCAUAGGUCAGAGCUUGAACAGCAUUCUGACCGCCUUCAUUUUUAUGCCAGUCUUCUACCGAUUGGGAAUAACCAGUGCCUACCAAUAUCUGGAGAUGAGGUUCAGCAGAGGCGUCCGGCUCUAUGGCACUUCUCAGUUCCUAGUGGCAACAACACUAUACACAGGAAUUGUGAUCUAUGCUCCAGCCUUAAUACUCAACCAAGUCACUGGGUUGGACAUUUGGGCUUCUCUGAUUUCUACUGGAGCAAUCUGCACAUUCUAUACAUCUGUGGGUGGUAUGAAAGCUGUAAUAUGGACAGAUGUAUUUCAGGUGCUGAUAAUGAUGUCAGGGUUCUUUGCAGUGAUUAUUCGUGGAACCCAGGUGGUUGGUGGAGUCUCUAUUGUUCUGGAUAUUGCUAGGAAUCACUCCAGGAUUAACUUUGGGGACUUUGAUCCUGACCCUCGUAGACGUUACACCUUUUGGACAUUUGUCCUGGGAAGCACACAACUCUGGCUAUCUAUGUAUGGCGUCAACCAAGCACAGGUUCAGCGCUAUGUGGCCUGCAAAACUGAAAAGGCAGCCAAACUAGCCAUUCUGGUGAAUCAAGUGGCACUUUGCAUCAUAAUUUCCAGUGCAGUCAUCUGUGGAAUUGUGAUGUUUGCAAUCUACCAUCUCUGUGAUCCCCUUCAAGCUGGAAAUGUUUCUGCUCCAGAUCAGUACAUGCCAUACAUGGUUCUUGAAAUAUUUAAGGAAUAUCCAGGGUUCCCAGGUCUCUUUCUUGCUUCUGCAUACAGUGGGACACUAAGUACAGUGUCCACGAGCAUAAAUGCAAUGGCAGCAGUAACUGUGGAGGAUCUAAUAAAACCGCAGAGGCCUAACAUUCCUGCAAAGAAACUGAUGUAUAUUUCAAAGGGGCUCUCUCUGCUUUACGGAUGUGCUUGUAUCACAAUAGCUGCAUUAUCGUCCCUUCUAGGUGGUGGAGUAUUACAGGGAUCCUUCUCAGUAAUGGGAGUGGUCAGUGGUCCGUUACUUGGGGCUUUUAUCCUGGGGAUGUUCUGUGUGUCCUGCAAUACAACUGGGGUGAGCUCAGGUCUGGCAGUGGGCUUUGGCAUGUGCAUAUGGGUGUCAGUAGGAGGAACACUUUAUCCUCCUACCCCAGAGAUGACGGGAGCCUUACCCUCCUAUACAGACCACUGCCCCUUAUAUAACUCCAGUGAGGGGAUUAUCUACGGGCAACUCCCUCAAAGAAACGGCACAGAACCUGAGCAGGGGUGGAACAUAAUCUAUAAUUUCUACUCAGUGUCCUACUUGUAUUAUGCUGCUGUGGGAUGUCUCAGCACAAUCCUGGUUGGAGCCCUGGUCAGUCAGUUUACAGGUCCUAUGAAGAGGGAAGACAUUUCUCCAGGACUGCUCUUUUUGGACCAUAUCAGACAACAAUCACAAAAACCAGUAGAGACAAAGAACAAACCAACAGAUAGGACUCAAGGAGAGGAAUCUCCCAGGAUGAAGGAAAAAUCCAUUAACUUAUCCAAUCAGUUGAAAAAGGAAUAUAAUGGUUUAUUACUUGAUACAGAGAAAUGCAGUUCCCGUGCUACAGAGAUAUGCCACAAUGCCAAAGACAGCUGUCUCUAA